AUGCGUACACAAUUUUUUCAAGCGACGGUGUGUGGUGGUAACAUGGGAAAUGGUGGGGAAGAAGGAACAAUAAAUUAUAUUAUGGAUUCUAUGAAUAAGACUGUGAAUAUAGAUGAUGAAGUUGUUUCUGAAACUCCUCCUGUAUUAUCUGGAAGUGUCGAGACACCUAAGAAACACUUUUCAAAUGUUUGGAAAUAUUUUACUAAAACUGGUGUAGAUAAGGAUGGAGUUGAAAGAGCUGUGUGCAAAUAUUGUGGCCAUGAUUAUGCUAUUGGAAAAAAUCCCAAGACAAAAAAUCAUUAUGGAACUUCACAUUUAAGUCGACAUGUUUCAAUUUGUAAAAAUAUUCAAAGUUCAAGUGUAGAUGCAAUUCCUACUCAAGACGUAAGUUUUGGUGCGAGAAAGAUUAACCAAAAGACUCAACGUAAUAUUCUUGCGCAAGCCAUAAUCAAACAUGAUCUUCCUUUCAACUUUGCAGAGUAUGAUAUGAUCAGAGAAUGGAUCAAUUAUGUGAAUCCUAAUGUUGUAAUGCCCUCUAGGAACACUGUUGUGUCAGAUGUUCAAAAAAUUUACAUGAGAGAGAAGGAAAAACUCAAAGAAGUCAUAUGUCCUAAUAGAGUAUGUCUUACCUCUGAUGUUUGGACAGCAGCUACGAGUGAAGGUUAUAUUUGCUUAACUGUUCAUUUUGUUGAUGAGAACUGGAGAUUAGUAAGUAAGAUUCUUAAUUUUUAUCGAAUGAAACCACCUCACACUGGAGUUGAAUUAGAAGCCACUUUAUUUGAUUACUUGAAGCAAUGGGGAAUUGAUAAAAAAGUUUUCUCUAUUACCUUAGAUAAUGCUUCUGCCAAUGACAAUAUGCAAGAUAUUUUGAAAAAUCAUCUUCGUGUGCAGAAUAGUUUGUUGUGCGAUGGAGAAUUUUUUCAUGUGCGUUCUUCUGCUCAUAUACUCAAUUUGAUUAUACAAGAGGGUCUAAAAGUAACUAAUGAAACACUCUUUAAAAUUAGAGAGAGUGUUAAGUAUGUGAGAGGAUCUGAUGGAAGGAUGAUUAAAUUUCAAGAUUGUGUGCAAGAUGCUGGAAUAGACACAACAAUUGGGUUAAGAUUAGAUGUUUCUACUAGGUGGAAUUCAACAUACUUAAUUCGUGAAAGUGCAAUCAAGUAUGAAAAAGCUUUUGAUACUCUUCAGGUGGUUGAUAGAAAUUAUAAAUAUUGUCUAUCAUAUGAGGAAUGGAGGAAAGGAGAGAAAUUAUGUGAAUUUUUAAAGCCGUUUUAUGAGACUACAAAUAUGGUUUCUGGUUCUUGUUAUCCGACUUCAAACUUAUAUUUUAUGCAAGUUUGGAAGAUUGAAUGUUUGUUGAAUGAAUAUUUAUUGAACGAAGAUGAUGUUAUAAAGGAUAUGGCUACAAGAAUGAAAGGAAAAUUUGAAAAAUAUUGGAAGAAUUAUUGUGUGUUGCUAGCUUUUGGAGCUAUUCUUGACCCUCGUUUAAAGCUUGAUUUUUUAAGAUUUUGCUAUACCAAGCUUAAUCCUUUAACCUCUCAUGAGAAGGUCAACAAUGUGAAGGAUAAGUUUGAUAAGCUUUAUGGAGAAUAUGCAAACAAUUUUAAUGCUACAAGUGGUUCUCAACCUUCCAAUGAAUCCAAUUUGUUGUCAAAGUCACAUGGAGAUGGAAAUAGGUCAAAGAAAUCAAGAUUGUUCAAUGAGUUUAAAAUGUUUCAAAAUGAAACUAAGUCUACCAUUGGUAAGAGUAAAUUGGAUUUGUAUUUGGAUGAGUCACAAGUUGAUUAUGAUGAUACUGAAGAAUUUAAUGUGCUUUAUUAUUGGAAAAGUAAUGAAAAGAGAUUUCCAACACUCUCUAUAUUUGCAAGAGAUGUGCUUAGCAUUCCAAUCACUACAGUAGCAUCAGAAUCUGCUUUUAGCAUUGGUGGACGUGUUCUCACUAAAUAUAGAAGUUCUACACUUCCAGAAAAUGUGCAAAUGUUAAUUUGUGCUAGGAAUUGGUUGCAUGGCUUUGUUGAAAGUCCAAGUGAUAAUGAUGAGACAAAAACUCUAGAGUCUAGUAUGCAAUAA